AUGUCGGCGCAAUCCCACGCCUCCUUCGUGGAGGAAUGUAUGGAAAACAGGAAGGAAGCAGAGCAAUAUCUUAAUUUUUGCAAAGCACUAUCACCUGAUAACCCCAAGGCCCGAUUUACUGGAUUCCAUCAGCGCAUUACUGUGUUCAAAAAUGGACAGCAAGUCAAGCCAGGCGCCAGACACUUGCCGGUUGAUAUCGCCAUGCACGAAAGCGUGCCGAUGAUCCUGUCAGAUGGAGUGAAACUAUACUGCGACAUUUUCCUUCCCGCCAGCCUUCCACGGGAUCUGAAGCAGCAGCUUGACGAAACAGAUAGGGUUCCAGCUUUGGUUGCGUGGAGUCCGUAUGGAAAGCAAAUGGGCACAACUCUUUUGGAUGACUUUCCCUUCCGUGCAGGCGUCCCAAAGGAGUGGCUGUCUGGACUAGAAAAGUGGGAAGGUCCCGAUCCUGCAUUUUGGUGUGCUGAGGGUUACGCUGUGAUCAAUGUUGAUACUCGGGGCGCAUUCACAUCGGAGGGUAAACUCCUCAUUUUUGGACACCAGGAAGCUCAGGAUGGUGCAGAGUUUGUCACCUGGGUAUCUGAACAAACCUGGUGCAAUAGCAAAGUAGCAUUGACAGGAAACAGUUGGCUGGCUAUGGCUCAGUGGAAAAUUGGCAGCCUAAGACCUAAAGGGCUCGCUGCACUUGCGCCGUGGGAAGGUCUUCAGGAUCAGUAUCGUGAUACAUUAUGCCAAGGAGGUAUUCCAUCGUCGAACUUCCACGACUCAAUCGUUGAGCCAUUUGCAAGCUACAGCGAGCUUGAAGAUCUGUCUACUACAUUGAAGAAGACAGGCGGCCUCUGGAACCCCUACUGGGAAGACAAAAGGUCAAAUCCCGAUCAAAUCAACGUACCAACUUAUGUCGUUUCUUCCUGGACCAACCCGGUCCAUACACCUGGAACCUUCCGUGCUUUCGGAAUGAUCCCAGAUAGUACUCCCAAAUGGCUGCGGGUACACAAUUCCCAAGAAUGGCCGGAUUACUACGCAGAUUCAAGUACUCGUGACCUGAAGAGGUUUUUUGACCAUUAUUUGAAAGGACAUAUUGAAAACGGCUGGUUGGCAACACCUAAAAUCCGCCUAAGCAUCCUUAAUCUUGGCCUGUCCGGACUGGAUGACACUGUGAACAGACCCGAAUUGGAGUGGCCGCUAGCUCGAACUAGAUACGAAAAGCUAUACCUGUCUUCCAACGGCGAGAUGUGUUCUUUCACACAGCAGCAGGAGCCAUCCAUGGCGAAUUACAACUCAGCGAGUGGAAAAGUGACAUUCCGUUAUGUCAUUUCCGAGGGAAUGGAAACAACUGGAUAUUUCGUCGCCAGACUUGUUGUGUCAUGCCCCUCUCACUCUGACAUGGACUUGUUUGUUCAGGUUUGUUGCCUUGAUGAAAAGACAUUUUACAGACGUGGAGUCAUGACCAUUCGACCUAAUAACUUGGUCGUUCUAAGGUUGCUAAAAUUGCUUCAUGAUUGGCACUUCGGGCUUUCAAAGGUUGGUAUGCUUUUCCAUUGGGGGCCCGCUGGGCAAAUGCGAGUCAGUCAUUCAACCCAGAAGAGCCGAACCUCCGUACCAUUUGAGCCAAUUUAUGAGCACACAAAGGAGAUACCACUAGUCAAAGGAGAGAAGCGAGUGGUGGAAAUCCCUCUGCGACCAUACGGAAUGUACUGGAAGAAAGGCACUAUUAUGGAGCUUACGGUGUCAGGAAAUCCGGUGAUUCCCUUCCCUAUUCCUGGUGUCAAACCAUUAUUUGCGCCUGCCGAGGUGAUCAUUGUACUAGCCUAUCUCCUGCACCACUUCAAGAUGGGCUUGCGGUUAAAAGGCGGAUACCUGAGUGCAGAAGGACCGAUUCAAGUUGCGCUUGUAGUGAAUGUACCCGUUCCAAGCAACGUUGUAGCGGAACAGAACCAUGCGAUCGCUGCCAUCACCGAGAUCUGCCUUGUCACAUUGCGAAGUCCUCUGAACCAUCCAAGGAUAACACCGGUGAACCCCAAAAUGGGCUCACAUCCUUCCAUCGUCAGUGGAAAUGAUCCACUAACUCAGCAUGAAUUCCCCUGGAUACCGCAGGAUUUUGCGUUCCCAUUUGGCUCGCCUUUGGAGAUCUACCCUACCAAUACCAGUGAUGUGAUGUUCGACUCUGAUCGCACUGCUCUCUCUUUUGGACCGAGCACAAGCUUUUACCUCGACGAGCCGGUUGCAUCGACACCUCGGCAGAUGAACAGCGGCACUAUAAUUACACCUGAGAGUGUUUCAGAUGAGCCCAUGAGACAACGCGACCCUGCGACCCCUAUGCGAUUUCAGAGUUACCAAGCAGAACUUCCCUUUCCUAGCUUUCCCCAGUUCUCUCCAGAUGACACAGAUUUACUUGUUUCAGACAGCUAUUGCCAUGUACCAGAAUUGUCUGAAUUGGAUUAUGGUGCACUCUUAAGAUUCUACCAUGAGUCAGUCCCGGCCUCUGAUUCAGAAAACAAAGGCAAUUUUCCACGCCGCGAAGUCCUCAAUGCCUUUGUGCAGCUGUACUUUGAAUUCUUUCAUCCAGGCUUCCACCUUCUGCACCAAGCCACCUUUCAACGUCAACAGAGGUCUUCCUGUCUCUUUCUCGCCGUUGCUGCGAUAGGCGCCCAAUACUCCAGGGUCACAUCUCGGGGGCAAUGCAGCCUUGCUCUCUUGGAGACCCUACGACGCGCUUUGCUUAAUAAUAUCAAGCUGGACUGCCCUCCUCAACAUGAUCUGCAGUUGGUUCAGGCAACAAUUCUGUAUAUUGAAUACUUACACUGGACUUUCUUUGAUCUCGCUCCUUUGAUCUCGGUUUCGGAGCUACAUGCCUGUCUGCCUUGCGAUGAUGAGCUCUGGCAAAGCUCCGAUCUUACUAAAACAGGGAACUUGAUGCAAGCAGAUACUUUGCCACCUCAUUCACCAAGUGUUUUGGAUCUCCUCGGUCCCAAGAACUCGGGUAACAAAUUUACAUCCUCAUUGGGAAGCUCGGCAUCUUUGUUUACUAUGAUCUCGGCGUGCGCAAAAGAGCGAAGUCUCUUCCAACUUCUGAAGCCAACACCUAUGGAUGGCUCCGCAAAUGAGCCAGAUUAUGCCGCCGAUGAUAUGUGCGCUGCUCAUUCUUGCCAGACUACGAUGAUUGCGGAGCAAGCAAUAUCAAAUAUUGCUGGAAAGCUCCAUAAAUAUCAACUGGCACCAUAUGAAGCUUCUUCCCCAUUCUGGACUUUCUCUGCUAUGAGAAAGAUUUACUCCAUAUCCAGGAUUUUGAAUCAUAUCCCAUAUAAGCUGUUGUAUGUUUCUUCUGGUUGGAUGGCAUCCAAGGAGGAUACAAGAGCUAGCUUGGCAGAUUUGGAAAAACGACUACGACACGAUCCUCAGAGAUCCCGAAGAACAUUGACAUAUGCGGCACAAGUAUUCCGCCGGGUUCGGAACCAAAAAUGGCUCGAGGCAUGCGAUCCACUCUACGUGCUCCUCUCAACGCUAUACAUUUGGUUCUAUGGACGUACAUUUGAAAUAUCAGCAGAUCCAGAGAGCGAAAUGUGGCCACCGUUGAAGAUUGACGAUGAGUCCCUCGAUGAGACUGUCUGGGUGCAAUGGGUGGACACUGGUGAUAGAAGACCCCAUAUAGCUGGCAUAGGCUAUUUGAAUGGCGAGAACAAUGUUCAUCGUGUGUUAAAAGAAGCCAUUCGAAUACUCUCCAGUGGUCAAGGCUGGCAACACUUUGCUCAUUCUGUCGCGAACUCGCUUGAACGAAUAUUGUCCGGUCUUGCCCCUUCCUUCAAAGAUAUCUAG